GUGUCCCAGGGCCCCUUCACGCCCUCCCGCCUUCCUCCUUCGGCGGACGUCGGCUUGGCGCCCCGGUGCGCCUGGCGCGACCGUGUCCCCCCCUCCUCCCGCGGAGGCUGCGCCAGAACAGCUUCAAGCUCACCGCGUCCAGCAUCUCCGACAAGAACUGGAUGCACGCGAUCCUGCAGGAGAGCAGCCACUCGAGGAGCAGGUGCGUUGCGAACAAGGUGAAGAGCACGUUCUCGAAGGCCACGUCCACGGUCUGGCAGCGCGCGAAGACGACCUGCAUAGAGCGGCUCGUGAGGCACCCUGCCUACGAGCCCGCCCGGGUCAUGCUGAUCAUCCUGGACGCCGCGAUCGUCGUGUGGGAGAUGCAGCACGCAGCGCAGAGGUGUGCCUCCGGCUUACACCACGGCGCCGCAGG